CACUGCAGGAAGUGCUGUUUGCAAAUACAGUCUGACUAGGUCCUUACAGUAGCCUCGGGAGGUAGGUGCUCUUGGGGAAACUGAGGCAGGCAGCAGCGUCGUAACCGUCUGAGGCCACGUUAGAGCUUGGGGCUUCCUGACUCCAGGUCCUGUCCUCUGGGCACCCCUCGUGGCCUCAAGGAGAGCCCUGGGGCUGCCGGACCCAGGUGGAAGGUGCGGCCCUGCUGCAGCGGAGACUUUCCUGAGCGCCUCCCCCAGGCAGGGCCUCGCUCGGGCCUCCAGGACCCUCCAGAGCAGCGCGAGACAGGCCGAAGGGGGGAAGAGCCCCCUCGGCCGUCGGGCGGGUAACUAACCCCCGUCCGUGGGCAGCCGCGCCCGGCCCGGACCCUCACGGUGCCGGCCUCGACUUCUCUGCAGGGAAUCUGGCGCAUCCCCGUGGACGAGAUCGACCGGCCGGGCAGCUUCGCGUCUCACAUGAACCGCUCCAUCGUCCUGCUGCUGCAGGUGCUGUCGCAGCUCAAGGACUAUGGCACGCUGCUGAGGGUGUCCUCCAUGCUGCAGAGGACGCCCGACCAGGGCAAGAAGUACUUGCGGGAUGCGGACCGCCAGGUCUUGGCCCAGCGGGCCUUCGUCCUCACGGUGAAGGUGCUGGAGGAGACGCUGACUGAGCUGACUGAGGGCUCCGAGGGCCGCAGGAUGACCACCGACAUCUCCAGCAAGCCGGGCGCCGAGGACGGCGGCGAGGCCCUUCCCAAGAAGCCGGCUCUGUCCGACGGGGCCGCGGCUCCCGGCCACGGGCCUCCCCCCGCCGACCCGGCCGAGCCCGGCGCCCCGAAGGAGCGGCCCCGGGAACGGCCCGCGGACAGCCGUGUGGAAAGUGAGGCGUUGGGACGACGGCGGCCCUCUUGGAGGGGGCCAGGCCAUGUGGGGCCGGCCGGGAGCAGGGGGGAGGCAGCGCCGCGGGGAGCGACACCAGCACCCCCCGCCAGCCACAGCCUUGACCUAAGCGAAGCCGUGGCCAGGAGCGCUCAUGAUCUGUUUCUUCUUUCUCUUUCCUCGUGCCCACAGGCCACGGGGGACACCCCCACCACGCCCAAGCCCCCCAAGGACGGCAGGGAGAGCUUCUUCUGGGCCAGCACAGCAGCCUCUCCAGCCCUCCAGCCUGCAUCCUCGAACCCUGACACGGCCCCUCCCGAUGUCCUGCCACGGCCCAGUGAUGCACUGCCCAAGGCCAAGCCAGCCUCAGCCUCCAAGGACCCCGAGGCCCUUCCGAGCGGGGCCUGUCCCGCUCCAGGGGAGGAGCCGGCAGCAGGCGGCCACUCGGGAUCUCAGCAGCCGGAGACCCAGCUCGGGCCGCAGGCGGACGCCGUCGCCAUGAACCACCCUGAGCUGGGGCCCGCGGAGCCUGGAACUGGCCCCGGCACGGCCCGUGCCUGCAGCCAGGCGUCCAGCUCCAAGGCUUCGGGAAGCCCGGCCCCCCGGGCAGAGCCCCCCCGGGUAAAGGCCCGCCUGCUGCCCUCCAUGCCCAAGCUCGUCAUCCCCUCCGCCAUGGCCAAGUUCCCCCCCGAGAUCACCGUCACCCCCCCGACCCCCACGCUCCUGUCCCCCAAGGGCAGCAUCUCCGAGGAGACUAAGCAGAAGCUGAAGUCGGCCAUUCUGAGCGCCCAGUCCGCCGCCACCGUGAAGAAGGAGAGCCUUUGCCAGCCGGCCCUGGAGAUCCUGGAGAUGUCCAGCCAGGAGUCGUCCCUGGAGAGCGAGAGCGACGAGGACGACGACUACAUGGACAUCUGACCUGCCGCCCGGCCCGGCUCUGGGGCCCUUUUUACGAGGCCGGCACAGAGCGGAUCAGGCAGUGCAUUUGGAGGAACCCCCCGUGCCGGCGGCAUCUUUUUCCACCAGGCGUCGGCUUUGUAAGAUGGGGGAGGCGGCGCCGCUGACACCGCGUGGGCCGGCGGCGGCUCCGCUCUCGGCCGCCACAGAUUUUUUUCUAAUAAAGUGGAAACGUGUGUGGU